AUGGAGGCGGAGGCGGCUGGGGAUCCUACUAGGGACCCCACGAACCCGGCAAAGGACGACGACUAUGGCGCUGGUCGCCGAGCGCGUGAAAGACUCGCCAUCUACGUCACCACAGCCAUCAUCCAUGUUUUUAGUACCGCAAGAACAAGUCGAGGCCACUGCGAAGCCCACACCCGGGUCGCUGGUGCUCGGCGGACACAACGAUACCUUAACAUCGCUGGAAUUAUUGGCGACUUUGCGCUUAGACGUCGAUCGCGUAGUUAUAAGGCGAGGACCGAUGAGCUCACGAUCGGGGAGUUCAUCAUAGCGCAAUCCAGCAAUUCAAAUAAAGAUGAGAUCGAUCAGCUAGGGUGUUCAACCCUUAACGUGAGCGACUGGGAUAUGUGCCAGCUUCCUGGUGGUCAAGAGUCUAGCUCGGACAGCGAAGAUUCUUCCCCCUCGCGUGAAGGCCGCCCUCGACCAAGGGCUCAGAUGAGCUCGAAAGUCCCCCAAGAAAUGGAAAAUCAGAGAGACGGCAAUGCUCAACAGUGGUUCGGUGGUUGCUUCUGCUGGAACAACAUCAAAAGCAAUGUCUUUGAUCCAGCAGUUGAGCUGAGCUCACUAUUGGGCUUUGGCUCUUCUCUAAUGGCCAAGUGUAACCUUGUCGAGUCACUCAUCUCCAAUCGUCAAAAGGCCGACUUCCUCGAUAGCAUAUCGUACGUCAUUGCGGAGGCAACACGCGCGAGGAAUAUCACCUACAACAUGUCACAGAGACAGUCUGCGUAG